AAAGCCUGGACAGUAGUUCUGCAGAGAAAGUCUUUUGACUUGGGCAUUUAGACAUCUCCUGUCUCUCCCAUGGCCCUGACAAUGCUGAGUGGACAUCUCAUUAAAGACUCAGGUCCCCCUGUGCUGCUGCACCAGGUUAGCAAGACUCCUCAGCUAGAUACUUUCAACUACCAGAACUGCUUUAUGCAAGAUCUCUUUGCCCAUUUCCCUGAGAUCUUAUUUAUCCACCGUACCUAUAACCCAAGGGGCAAGGUGUUAUACACCUUCCUGGUGGAUGGACCUCGAGUACAGCUAGAGGGUCCUCUUGCCCGGGCAGUCUACUUUGCCAUUCCUGCCAAAGAAGAUGCUGAAGGCCUGGCCCAGAUGUUCCAGUUGUUCAAGAAGUUUAACCCAGCCUGGGAGAGAGUCUGUACCAUCCUGAUCGAUCCCCACUUCCUCCCACUGCCCACUUUAGCCAUGGAGUUCCCCACAGCUGAGAUCCUGCUCUCAGCCUUCCACAUUUGUAAAUAUCUACAGGGCAAGUUCUAUCAACUGUCCCUUGAACAGCCUGUGGAGAGGGUGCUUUUGACCUCCUUACAGAGCACCAUGUGCUCAGCCACAGCAGGCAACCUGAGGAAGUUUUUUACCCUCCUGAGCAGCUGCAUUCCCCCAGCCCAACUGUCUGAGCUCCACUCACACUGGCUGCUCAAUGACCGCAUCUGGCUGGCCCACCGCUGGAGAAGCCGAGCAGAGAGCAGCCGCUACUUCCAGAGCCUCGAAGUUACCACCCGAAUUCUCAGUCAGUUUUUUGGCACCAACCCAUCUGAGGGAGAAGGCAUGGCCUCCCUAUUCCAAUACAUGCAACAGAAUGAUGGAGACAAGGCAAGCUUCAGCCUGGGCCUGAGUCCCCAGAACAAUCACACCACCUCAGGCGCCAGCACCGAAACCCCCCAAGUAGAGCAGUUGGUGGAAGCCAGCAUCCAGAAUUCUCUCAAUGCCAUCUGCACAGGGCCAGCAGCCCAACUCUGCCUGGGUGAGCUCGCUGUGGUCCAGAAAUCUAUGCACCUCAUUGGCUCUGGUUCAGAAAAGAUAAACAUCCAGAUCCUGGAGGACACCCAUAAAGUGCAGCCCCAACCUCCUACCAGCUGCAGCUGCUACUUUAACCAGGCCUUCCAUCUGCCCUGCCGCCACAUCCUAGCCAUGCUUAGUGCACGCCACCAGGUGCUCCAACCGGACAUGCUACCAGCUCCGUGGAUGGCAAGCUGUGCCACAAAUCUAGACAGCAUCCUGGGCAGCAAGUGGAACGAGACUCUGGAUAAGUACUUAGCGGUGACCCUCCUCGCUGAGGAGGUGGGUCAGCUCUUACAGCACUGUAGUAAAGAGGAGUUUGAGCGGCGGUACAGCACCCUGCGGGAACUAGCUGACAGCUGGAUUGGCCCUUACGAGCAGGUGCAACUUUGAUUCCUCUUGAUGCUCAGAGAUGCUAACACAUGUAUGCCUCGUAUCCUCCCCUACACACACGUGCACACACACACAUACACACACACACAGUUGUGUUUUCAUGACACCUCCUUCCCACCUUCCCAAAUAAGGACAAGGGUCUUCUACUCUACCAUAGCCUGCUACUUAGCAUUUGUCUAGCUCUAUAAGAUAGGAGCCAGCAAAUGUGUUCUGUAAAGGGCCCAAUAGUAAAUAUUUUAGAUUUGAUGGUCUCAUACCAUCUCUUAUAUAUUCUUGGUUUGAUUUUGACAACUUAUAAGGUAAAAACAAUUGUGAGUUCAAAAGCUCUUAUACAGGUGACCCCUGGUCUAAGAUAAGAGAUAAGACAUUGGGUGGUGAGGGCUGGGGCUUGGUAUUAGCUGCCCCAGUCACAAGAAAACUCACCUGACCAUACCCCAUGAGUGAGCUGGCCCGGGAGUUCUCCCAUAGACCCAGAGGCUGUUCCAGGAGGUGGCUCAGCCCAGCUCAGCAGUUUUUCCCCUGCUCAUCCUAAGAUCAAUAAAGUUUAGUGUUGUGUAUUUUAA